AUGGGUGGUCGAGAAACGCUUUCAUUGUCCAGCAUUUCUGCACUCUUCGAAGCCAUCUCGAGCAAGGAUGAGACCAUGCUAGCGGAUGCCUUGCGAAUGGCCACCAUCGAAACUGUGCUGUGCUUUGAAUCGACCUACGGAGUUUCACCGUUAAUAUGGUGCGUUCAAACUGGCGACGUGAGUUAUCUUGGAUUGGUGGAAUGUCUGCUGUCCAGCGGAUUGUACGAUUGCCAAAUGGUUGACAGCAAGGGCCGCCCAGUACUAGCCAGCAUAGCCGAAAAGCAUGCCGACAAUCCUAAGUUUGUGGAAAAGUUAAUUGAGCUUGAGAUCCAUGGAGUGGAUGAGGUAACCGCAUGCUAUAGAAUAUUAAGACAAAACUCCUUGGAAUUACUUAAGCUUUAUAUAGCUCUGAAGAAACUCGACGGAGCAGCAUUGUUUCAACCACUAGCCAACGCCCUGAUUCAGAUAAAUAUCAAAAAUGUGAAAAUUGACUUGGAUCUACGGGUGUUCGUACAGUGGAAGCUCGCCGACUAUGGCCAUCGACAUUUAUCGGGUGAUUACAAACCCCCUCCAGGACAAACGACGCACCAUGAGUGGAAGAGCCAUAUCAAAGUGAUAAGUGAUUGUUGGAGCGUUAUAGCCGAAAAGUAUGAUACUGGAGAUUAUGUAGACUUUGACGAUCGUUUAUUGCAACGACUGACAGUAAUCCAUAACCAUCUCUAUUUUCUGCAGUACAAACCGUUCGUCAAGCACCUGCCGAUGCGAGAGAUGAUCUUUUGUUUGGCAAUAUUUUUAACCAUCUUUCACCAUCCAAGAGAAUAUUUUAUGUUUCGCCUAAUAGUGAAUAAAUGUCUUGUGAUGGAGUUUGUGCGCACGAUUGUCAGGCAGGUAGAAUGCAUUGAAGAAAAUCUUGAAAACAUAGAAGAAGACCUGAAGAUGAUAAGAAAUGCCUCGGAUUCGUGGACCAAUAAUAGCAUAGCAAGUUUUUUCGAGAUACUCGUAGAGAGACUAGAAAUAGCGAAUAUUCCUAACAAAGCGUAUCUUGCUAAGCAACUUCACCAAAAGAGAACGAGACCAUCCUUUACGGUCGUAGUGCAACUGUUCAAAACAAUGAAGAAAUAUGACAAACAGUGGGCCACUUCAAAGAUUCCUGAAAUGAAACAGCUUGUGAAGGAAUGUAGAGAGCAUCUUAUCUCGGCUAUUAAAAAUCAUAUACCAAGCGCGUUACAUCCGGCAAACGUUGCUGAUCGCUUGAUCGCACAAAUGAAAAGCAAUACAUUAAUCGACACAGCUGUAACGGGCAUCGUCGCCAAUGAAUCGUUCAAAAUGGAAGCGUUUAUGGGUGGCAAGGAUCGACGAUCUAUAAUAAAGCUACGGAAAUGCUACAAGCACGGUAAACAGUUUUAUUCACUUUGGAAAAUUCACAACUGCUUUUCGGACAUGGACAAAGCUUCCCUGGAACAUCCGGAAGUAAUUUUUGGUAGUGUAAAACGCGCACUAACUGUGCUCGGCGAAUCGGUGAAAAACACAAACAGUACCCCUAAUAUGCCCAACAAAUGGAUUAAUCUAAUGUUUCAAAAGUUCCUAACUUAUCAGUUCACAGAUUGUACCAUCUUUCUUCGCAAUGUCUACGCGAAGCAAUUUUCCCUAGCGAGACUGUCCAUAACGUAUGAUAUGGAGAGAGAAAUAUUGAAGGAGGUGUCCGAACAAGUGGUACCUUUCUUAUUAAAGUUGCGUAUUUUGUUUAUUUCUGCACUUGCUGGUAUCCGACGCACCUUCUGUGGGAUGCUAUAUCGGUGUGCUUCGCUGGAAGCGUUACGAUCGCUGUUACAGUAUGCUAAUAUUGAGAUAGAUGCCUCCGGUGAAGAAACACAUUGGUACGCAGAGGUGGAAUAUUUUUUUAACCAUAAAACGCCAAAUCCUAAACGGCCAGUGAAGCAUGUAGCUCUUUUUGAGCAAGUAGAGCUGCAGUUAAUACAACAGUGUGCCAUCAUUAAAGAGUGGUUGGCAAUGAUACAGACACAGAAUAGACUACCUUUCUCGAGUUUGCGCCAAACUUGCUUUGCCUGCAACGAUAUCACCACUAUUCGACGAUUGCUACGAUGGAAGCUGGAAUCAUGUUACCCAAAUAAAAUGCUGCAAAGGAUGUGUAACACAUGGAAUUCUUCUACACUUGAGCGGAUAAAUAUUUCAACGCUCUUUCCUUCGCUGUCUGCAAUUGAUCCAGAUACGGUGAGCGGAAAUCUACGAAGAAUUCAGCAAGCAAUGGGUUCUGCGCACAAUUGCAUCGACCACACUAGGAAGCUUACCUGCGACUUCAGAAUAGCUAACAGCAUCGAUGAGACCAUGCUUGAGGAGCUCAACACUAUUUUGCGACCGUACUAUGAUAACAUGUUCCUUCUGGACCAUAAGUGGAAAGCAUUUCAAACGUUUUGCAAAAAACAUCAAUUACCAUGGAAUAUCCAACUGGCAGCCGAGCUAAGAGUGCGUGAUCAGGCUCUUUUGCAGCAGCUGUUUGACAAUCGACGAAAAAAGUUACGAUCGUUGCUUGAGAUAUACGGCAUCCGAAAGGUGGAGGAUAUUGCUGUCUUGAUAAAAAAUGAUAAUCCGCUGGUCCUUGCCUCCCUUCAGUAUUAUCAACAGGAAAUCUGCGAAAUGUUGACCGCAGUCGGAUACUUUGGAGAUAGUUUCCAUUACCUAAAGCAUCGCCUACCGAUGAUCAUCGGGAAAAGCUAUCGCAAUCUCCUUGCACACGAUAACCUGUCAUACAACGUUCUAACAGACGGAGGAGAUGAAAAGAUAGUGAUCAAUGCAUUCAUACUGGCUCACACGACACAUAACUUAUUCGAUGAAAUGAAAGGCGAUCAGAUCGAGUUCAGCUUCCCCGCUAUAGAAGACACAUACGAGUGGAUCGACGAUCAGCAUCGACUACUGACAGCAGUUAAAUCAGAUGAUGUAGACCGGGUACACGAAAUAAUGCAAACUGGCGGAGAUUUGCGCGGGUUAUUUUGUACUUCCCCUUUCCACCAGCUUGAACGGGUAAACUACUUGCUACAACAUGUUCAUCGGUUUUGUCUUCCGAAUUCAGCCGUCAUUAAACUUUUGGAUCGUUAUUUUCCAACUUUCGCUGAUUACAAUCACCGUCCAGACAUGAUGUUGCAGAGAGCGCUCGUUCGGCAAGACUAUGAAAAAGUUGUUGAGCUUUUCAGCAUUAAAACAGUAGUUAAAAACGAAUGCAAUCUAGAGAGUACAAUCGAAACGCUGAACAGAGUUCCAGUGAAUGUUUUUGCUUGGCCGAUGUUUUUAUCUCGAGUUUUAGCUAAAACGAUGACUGCAAUAUCCUGGCUGGACAAACAAGUAUAUCUAAAUCUAUUUCUCGACUACGGUAAUGAGUCAUGUGCCCGGGAAAUGAUCUCUAACCAUAUUCAGAAUCCCAGCCAACAUACAGUAAGUCAUGCGAUGAUACGUGGAAUGUACUCGGUUGUCGAGUUGUUGGUGCAAAACACGUCCCGUCUACAGACAAAUGAUAUGGAGCUGGCGAUCAUUAUGCAUUGGAAUGAUCUGCUGCCUGCUAUUGCAGUCAAGAUUGAGCUCGAUGCAAAAGAGUACGUGACUCUGCUAGAAACAGCUGUAAAGGUAAACAACGAAAAGGCGGUAGAAUAUUUGCUUCACGACAAGUUGAAGCGUACCGAGAAAGCUCUUAAAGUGUGUAUCGUUACUGCUGCACUUCAUGGCAGAGACAAAUUGUUAAAGCAAUUGCUAGAAGAUUUUCCCAUCAAAGAUUGUACGGUUCUUUCCACUGCCCUUCAUCGAGCUGCUUUACAUUGCCGGUGGCGUUGCGUAAGAACUCUGUUAGAGACAAAAGCAGCGGCUGAUGUGUUUAUGUCUGACUUUAAAAGUGUGGACGCAAACGCUCUACUCUUGCUUGUCACUUGUGAUCAAGUUCAGCUCAUUGGAAAAAUUGAAUCCGUAAACCCUGCGGUCUACUGCACACGGAUGCAGCAUCCUUUUGCUGUGGCUAUACGCUAUAGUACAGAUACUCCUAGAAUGAUUGCUUCGUUACGCCUGCUAGGUUUCGGGUGGCUAGAUUGCACCUCGAUUCUACACGAAAUAAUACUUCAAGGAAGCGACGAACCCUCUUGGAAUGCAAUAUGGAGUGACAUCGAUGAUCAGCUGUCUAAGACAUUUACUCUCAAUUCUGAUCACUGCACUUUAGCUAUCAAUGUGCUGCAACGCUGGAAAACGAUCGCGUUCGUCGAGCAAAUCAAAUCGAGCAAUACUUCCUUAUGCUGUGCCAUACAAUCAAACGACAUAUCAAUCCUUCGGACACUACUCAGCCGCUCCCGUGAUAUGAAGAACCUCAACAAUAAUAGCAUUCUUCAAGAGAUUGUGUUCCAUAUCGGUUCUUCGAUUGUUCGACUCGAUACCGAGCAUGAUCAAUGGGAUGUGCGGACAUGCUGCGACAAGAUGAUCAACAGAAUGACCCACCUGUUUGCGAGUUCGAAUGAAACGUGUUGGCAGGAGUUUACAAUCGUUUGCGGCGAAGUGGUGGUUCACUUUUCUGUGUUUGCUUCUGAAGAAAUAUCUCAACCCAUAGAGGUAGAGUUCAAUAUCAGGAAUAACACCAGGCUCAUUGAUAACCUGCAGGAUGUACAAAUCAUUGCAAAUGAAGUUUUCAACAAACACACAGCAGUACAUGCAACGUUUACUAAAGGCAAUCGAACCGUGCAUUUCUGGCGUUUGGAAGACUGGACUUGUGCGUACGAUAUCUACCCACCCAAUAGUGCCAUCGAUCUGUCUCCCAUCUUAAAUGUUCAAGUAUUAGCUGGGCAAACAGUGAUGCAUGAAGCAAUGAUGUGGGAAGUGGAUCAAGAAAUGAUACAACUACUCGUAAAGAAUGGCGCAAGCCCUCUCGUAGUAGACGCAUGCGGGGACACACCAAUCAACGGAGCUCUACGAAACUUUCCCAUGCCGGAAAUGGCAAUUUACUUAAUCGAUGAAUGUCUGCGACAUCAUUUACGAGAUGCCGAGGGAUCUACGUUAAAGGAUGCAGUAUAUAAGCAUCAGCUGCUGGUCGAUGCCGCUGUUAAUGGACAAACGAUUGCUGUAAAACGCUUCUUACAGCUCGAUAUAGACCUAACUACCGCAUACAGCGACGGUAAAACUGUGGCGCACAUGGUAGCGUGCACACAGUUGGCCAAUUCGGUACAUAUGAUGGAAAUGCUUCUAGACUACGAUAGCCGCCUGAUAGAUAUGGUAGAUGUGAACGGUUGCACACCGUUGGCAUACGCAGCUGAAGUCGGUUCCGUUGCGAUGCUUAAUUUGAUAUUGGAAUACAAUCCUAAACUCGAAAUGAUGCCGAACAGUAGAAUUGCACUUCGCACUGCCAUUUGCGAACACCAGGUGGGGUGGGCCAAACGUUUUCUGGGCGUACUGCACGAAAAACAAGUUCGUGGGAUAACUUCCAUCGAUGGAGAUGACGAGGAUGAUGAUCUGGUUGUUCUAUCACUAAAAUGCAAUGACUUGCAAUUAUCGAAGGCAUUAAUUGAAUACGAAUUGGGCCAUCCCCUAGAAGAAACGACUAAAGACAAUAUUCCUCGAAUCCAAAAAAUUCUUCAAUCUACUACUUUAGACGAGCCACGGGUGCCUAUGCAGAUAUUGAUAGAGAUAAUCAAUUUGGCUGGUGCUAAAGAGUUCUUCGCCAUUCUAAGAAACAUAAGUGCAAAAAUUACACAAACUGCAGAUAAUAAAUAAGGCAACUUAAGCCCAGUAACACAGUGGAGAUUAUGAAAAUGGAAUAAUAUAUGGAUUUACUGCAACAGUGCCAAGAAUUGAAUUAGUAAAAGAAGCAUUUGUGUCAAAAAUGUAUUUACUUAAAAAAUAAUGUUGUAUAGAAAAUAAAUCCACAAUGAAAAAUGAA